GCGCUUGGCACGGCGCCGCGCACUCAAGCCACUGUGUGUAGUAACCUAGAGCAGCAGAGCUCUCAGUUAGACAUGGCGGCGGAUCCUAAGCCGGACUGGCUUUCCUGCCUUCCCUCUUCUUGGAGUUAUAGAGUGUCUCGGGAUGGACGUAUAUUCUUCAUCAACGAAGAAGCGAAGAGUACAACCUGGUUGCAUCCUAUUACUGGAGAAGCUGUAAUCACGGGGCACAGAAAAACUCCAGAUUUACCAACAGGAUGGGAGGAAGGAUACACAUUCGAGGGGGCUCGCUGCUUUAUCAAUCUCUCUUCAAACACACACACACACACACACACGCCAUUGAAGGGAUUGGCUCAGAAAAAAGUCCGUUGUCAGUGGGACGCAAGUUUGACAACAAGUGUGACUCAGAAGCUGCUCGGCUGCGCUGAACAGGCUCUACUUGUUGGCGUGCGCUGCAUGUGUGCACAUGCAAAUGUGUGUUGUGUGUGUGUGUGUGUUUGUGUGUGUGUCUGUGUCUGAAUCUACUCAAUGUACAUUUUCGAACACAUAUGUUUUGUGAACCUGUUUGACGACAAAAAUGCCGUGCAGCUCUCAGACUCGCGCACACCCAUAGCCACCACGCAGACACACUCCUUGAGGCGGGGAGCAGCCACUUUCAUUUGUUCUACCUAAUUUCCCACCUAGUUUUCCUGCUGUUGCUCACGCUGUCUGUGGCCAUUUUGAGAGCAGCAGCUGACACAUAUGGUGAGCUAAUAUAACCACUCUAUAAAUAGCCCAGAACCACUGCUCAUCGAAUUCAUGCAGAAUGUGUCCAUGGACCCUCAGUGUGCAUGCAUGCACAUGUACAUGUACAUGUAAUAUACAAGCACAGUGACAUUGUUAAACGGUUGCAUGCAAACCUGGCAGGCAGUUUUAACAAGUAGACAGCUGUGAAUGCAGGUGUGAAUGCAGCCCGAAUGCAUUAAAUACAAGUUUAGAGGUUGUGGUAGGCGAUCUAAUAAACCUCUUACCCCCCCAAACCAAUGGCCCUCUGUGUGUUGUGUAUACUGUUUCGCCCACAAAUUCCCAAUAAGUAUAGCGCAAUUGGCAGAGCACUGAGCCAGUCUGAAUAGGACAACAACAAAAGAAAACCAUCCAUGGUUUCUUCCAGAUUUUUAAUGUCUCCAUGCACUUUUAACCCAAUAUACAUAUACAUUGUUAGGAAGUUAUGUAAUGGUUCUGUCAUGUUUUUUGUUUUUCAACUAGAAAUUUAUUUUAAUUUGAGAAGACUUUGUGCCAGGAAUGCUUUAGGAAGUCAGGUGAGGUAAGAUAAAGAAGAGCGAUUCAUUGAGCAAGUCAUGGUGGAUGAAUGGGUCACAUAGAGGACUUUCAUUCAUGAGACUGGGGUUUGGACCCUGAUUUAUCUUUUGACUUAUUCAUUUAUUUCUGGCUGUCAGCCAGAAAACCUCUGCCAGAUCCUGAAUCUCCCACAGGUGUUCGGUUGGGUUGAAAUCUGGUGACUGUGAAGGCCACAGCAUAUAUUAUUCACUUCAUGCUCAUACUCUACAAAUGUCCAUCUAAAUAUGCCAUUCCAUUCAGUGAGUGCUCAUGUCAUGUCCUAUGAAACUAUUAUACUUGAAGAGACUCCUAUCAUGAUACAAACGUUAAUCAUAGGAUAAAGGUGAGCCUUCCCUCUAAGGGAGCGGAGUGGAGCCAAACCAUGCAGACAAACUCUCAAAUGUGCAUUCAUUUUGUAAUGAAGGGUUCAAGCGCUGCAUCCCUACCAUAAUACCCCUCCCUCAGUGUUGUAACUGUGGACAGACUGUUGUUGCUGACACUGUCUGAUCAAGUCAUACUGAUUUUGUGUUUCACCUGAGAAAGAGUUUUUUUCUGUCGACCACAGUGUCUGACUCUGAUGUCUUUCUCAUAGAUUUAAUGCAGAAUUCACUUUAGUCACUGUUCCUUCUGAAAUAGCUAGGUUAGCAUCUGUGUGACUGAAGCUGCUGCCCGACCUGUGCCCCAACAAUGCGUCUCCUUUAAAGAGUGAUUAAGAUCUUCUCCUGCCAUUUUGAUACAAAACCAGAAUCGACUGGGCCUCCUUGGCAUUUUGAAUUUUACCAUUUAGUGCACCUUAUUGGAAGCAUCUGAGUUCAGUAUUUUUCUCCAGUCAUUUAUUUAGGUAUUUCCUUGAACUAGUCACCCAUCUGAAGUUGUUGACAGUCCUAUCAUUUGUUUUGUGUUUUACUGUGUCAUCCACUUUAUGUCUACGUUGUCUAACUGGCAUAAUAUUUAUGUAAGACAACAGGCAAAGCACUUGGUUUAUCUUGGUUAAUUCUGGUACAGUGCACAUGCCUGAAAUAUUUUCUGUGUAGUGUUUACAAGAAUAGAGGGAACUGACCGCUAUAUCAUGCUUUUUUGACAUGGUCAACUGACUGUAUUUAUAAAGCAAUUUUCUAGUAGUAUCAACCACUUAAAGCGCAAGUCACAUUCACACACACAUUCAUCCAGCACUGCUAUUACUGUACUUUUUCUGUCACAUUCACACACAUUCAUACACUGCCGGAGGAGCUGUCAGAGGCAGUUUAGGGUUAAGUGUCUUGCCCAAGGACAACUUCCACAUGCGGACUAGAGUGGGCGGGGAUCGAACUGCCGACUUUCUGGUUAGUGGAUAACAGAUGGGCUCCUGAGCCACAGCCGCCCCAUGUUUUCAUGUCCAGCCUUCUUCUCCUUUUCAUGUCCUGUCACAGUUGAAAUCACACAUUAAGCAGAUUCAGCAAAAUGAUCCCUCUUUAAACAUGGUUUUGAGCCAAAGUUCCACCUCAGACUGCACUUAGUAGCCAUGUUGUGUCACCUGACCUGAAUUGCUAAUUCGCUGAACAAAUUUAUCAUGUUGUGUUCAUGCUUUCUGUUGUUUACUACACUGUUCUUCUUCUUGGUUUUAUGGUGCGCACCGCUCUCUACCGCCAUCUAUGGCCGCCAACUGUCACUCCACAAUCAUCCGACCCUGGUCUGCUCACAUUGUGAAAGUGGCCAAUUGCAGAUUAAAUUAAAUUAUUGGGGUCGGUAGCACAACCAGAUAGCCCACAAGGAAACAUUGCUUGAUUGUUUGGAAGUGAGACUGGAAUUUCAUCUGUGAAUGUGCUGACAAACAAGCUAGGUACUAGAAAACUACCAAGAGCUUCUUUCAAGUUGUUUGGAUGAACGCUCAUUUUAUUUUUUAAUUCUCCGUACAUUGGCAGAUCACAUGAGUUGUGAUUAGGGGGUGAAAAUGAUAAGAAAGUGCCAUUUAUAACCAUUUAUGCUCAUUUUUGUACCCGGUGUGAAAUGUAGUCAAUGCAUUUAGUCACAGUGAGAAUGGGCAUUGAUUGUGGAUAUUAGGCCUUGACAAAAAGCUGCUGCUAUUUUUCUGGAAUCGGCUGACUCAGACUGAAGACACAGUCUUGAUUACAAUGAGUCUUUGACUCUGAACAAUUAUGCAUUGUGUCAUAUUGACUGACCAAUGCUUUCAUCAUCACCACUUCUUCAAAUCCUUCAAAUUCCUCCCAAAUUCCUGCUCGGCCACUUUUCUAUCAGCCUAUUAUUGGAAUUCUGGCUCUUCUGCUGACUUUCUUCCAUGGUGUUAAAGAGCACUGGCUCCCUUGAAAGCCUGUUGACAGACUGUCACUCUCAUCGAUAAAGCUACUUAUUGCUUAGUGUGUGUGUGUGUGUGUGUGUGUGUGUGUGUGUGUGUGUGUGUGUGUGUGUGUGUGUGUGUGUGUGUGUGUGUGUGUGUGUGUGUGUGUGUGUGUGUGUGUGUGUGUGUGUGUGUGUGUGUGUGUGUGUGUGUGUGUGAUCCUUCCUACUCAGUGGGAGCAAGGCUGCCCUCCUCUCAGAUCCCAGGAAAAAUCUCUCUGCUGCGUCACUGCUGCUGAAUAAAGGACACAUCAGUGGCAUUCAUUUCUUAAAUAAAAAUAAUAUUAUGCCUCUUUCUCCAUCUGUAGCCUUUUCCGUUCAUUUUCAAUGGAAUCUUUUUUUCACAGGCCAACAACAACAAAAAUUAUAAUAACAAUGAUGAUAAUUUCCUUCAAUGAAAAUACAACCAUUCAAGUCCAUGCCCUGGAGUAGCAAGGUUGGUGCGCUUUAUACGUCAACUGCAAACAGAUUACUGAGCAUUUCAAAUCUACAUUUCUGGGCUUCAAAGUCAGCAAAUCGCCGGGUAAACUCGGCUCUGAGUAUGCUGAGUUUUUCAGCAAACUGUGCACCUGGGAACACGGCGGUAGAAAUCUGCGUUUUAAUGAUUUGGCAGCACGCAAAAUGGCCCAGGUUUCCUUGCAGGGUGUCUGACAUCUGCCCGAGGGGACAGGUAGCAUGAAUGCAGCGAAUGAAUGAAAACAGAGGAGAGGGUGCUUGCGGGUCUUGACGCGCCAAGGCACUAGCAGAGCAUUCUGGGAUUUGUAGUAUUAGUGUUGCAUGUGUUACUGGCGGGCCAGCUCAAAUUGAAUUUUUUUAUUAUCUCGCGGGCCAAAUAUAAUUACACUAAGGGCCAGAUUUGUCCCGUGGGCCAGAGUUUGACACCCCUGAAUAAAGACAUCUUAGCCAACAACAAACAAAAAUAGUAAAAAAUAAAUCCAUUGUUGGGCUCCUCUUCCUUGCUAUUAUUCACAUUUGCAAUGAAGAGCUUGUCAGCUGCUUCCGUCCCACUCUGUGGUUACUGAGCGGUCGUCCUGUGUGUGUCCUUCCAUCCUUGGUAUAUAUCACCAUCAAUAACCUCCAUCUGGUUGUGCUAAUCAUGCAUGGGUACAGUCCUCUUCAUCUCUGCUAUUAUUAAUCAGGUAUGACUCCUGUAACCACUGGGCCCUGAGACACAUCACCGCACAGCCACACAGAGAGAUGGGUAUUAAAAAAUCUUGUGCUGGAAAUACACCAUAAUGAUGGGAGGAAUGUGUGAGAAGGUGUGUUACAGUGUGUGUCGUGGAAGGAAUAAUAAGUGGUUUGGUGUCAGAAACAGCCCGAUUUCUAGUGAAUAAUGUAAAAAAAAGAAAAGAAAUAUGUCAGUCAAGCAAAGAGAGUCAGAAUGGAUGUGUUGUGGAUUAGUGAUGCAGCAAUAGGAUAUUGAAAGGCUAGGGCUGUUCCAUAUCAUACCAUACACGAUAAUACCAGUAUAGAUUUUUACGUGAUAAAAGUGUGAUAUUACGAUUACUAAUUAUAUAACGAUGCAAUGACGCAUUUAUGUUACCUAGCGCAUGAACUCAACAACAACACAGCCCAUAAAUGUCUGAGAUGGACAGCAGCGUGUCAGCCAAGGCAGGGACAGCAAAUAAAGCCUACAUGCCUGCAAGGACGUGGCUUUGGCAGGAUGCUCCGAUUUCCACUCUAGCAAGAUCCUUCUUCAGGCGAGAAGAGUAGCAAGGACCAACACAUUUUUUAUCUUAUUCGACAAUAAUAAUAUACCCUCCCCUGGAACCCCAAAGAUUGCCAAUUCAGCACUGGGUUGAAUGUCAUUAUCAAAUGCUUCCGAUAACACUUGAAAAAUGGUAGACCAAAAGUUGUUCAGCUUAUUACACGACCAAAACAUUUGGGUCAGGUUGUCUGGCUUUUUCUUUUAACGUUUAACUUAAACCUCUGGUUUGGUUUGGUUUUGUAUUGCUUUUGUUUUUGUUUGGUGUUGUUUUGUUUGUUUGUUUUGUAAAGCGUCUUUGAGCAUUUAGAAAAGCGCUAAAUAAAUUUGAUGUAUUAUUAUUAUUAACAGAGAAAGCGACGACAAGGCAAAGUGCAGUAAAUACGGGGCGUUUAUUUGCUGCAAGUCGGCAACUGAGGUUGGCAACUGAGGCAGCUUGACAUUGGAGGUACGUCUGUGGUGAGGAUAAGGAUUCGUUGUUGUUGUACACUACAUUUAACAUCAAAGGAUCACUUCUUUUUAACCUGUCUGCACUACAAUAAAAGAGGUCACUACAUCUACUUCUUUCAAUUUCAUAGCUCCGACAUUACAUUUGGAACAGUGUACAAUGUUGAUGUCAAUGUUGAUGUCUUGUGUUUGUUUGUGUACUGCUGAUCUAAUGCUGAAAAGAAUCUUAGAGGAACCUGUGGUGAUCCAAAACAAAGAUGCAGUUUAAGUUUUGAAAGCAUUUGUAUUUUAUUUUCAUAAGCAGUGAGUGUUUACAUUUUGACUGAAGGUUUAUUUGGAUUGCUGCUGUUUGUCUACAAUGUGUACUAAAAAUUUUAGGUUAAUUUUAUUAGAUGAUAAUAUUGUACAGUAGCUAGCUAGUUGGAAAAGUAGGACGAAAAAUACCCUUUUUUUGCCACAAUAUGUUUGCAGUAAUUAAUGCCGCUGCCUGUAAGCUGCAAUCACCAAUAAAAUGUGGUUCAGAAUUUUUUUCCUAUACCGUCAUAAAUAUCUAGUCGCAAAUUUCCUUGAAAUAUCGUGAUAUAAUUUUGAGGCUAUAUCACCCACCCCUGGUGAGGGCUAAUCUGUGGUGCAGAUAUAUACGACUAGAUUGAUUCAGUACUUAAUUAUUCUAUUAUUGCUUUUAUGUGCAUGCAAUGUCAAGUCAACAGGGUAGACCGGCAACACUGCCUGAAACAAUGUGCAGGGUUUGAGCCUUGCUGUUGCGACGCAUCAUAUAGAGCAGUGGUAGCCAACACGGUACCCGCGAACACCGCCCGAAGGCAGCCAAUAAGUUGUCCGCACUGCAGUUCUAAAAACAGCAUGAGUCACCAGUAGAGCGGGGUCACCGGGUCAAGCUGAAUGUUGAGCCAUGAUAUUACGUUGCGCAUCUGCUCCGCUUCCCUCUUCUGAAGCAUUCAUUCAAUGCCAGCUAGUUAGCAUAUCGGAAUGAACAAUGGCAGAGAAGCGGAAGAAAAAUGGGAGGAAGAGUUUAGUGAAGGAAAAGUGCGAAUGUCUCAUUUGUGGGCAGAGAAAGCCUGUGGGUUAAAGGCAGCUUUGGGCAAAUAGUGGUCUUUUUUCACCAGGCUGGUGAAAAAGUCUCAAGCAGCAACGGAAGCUUCAUUUAGAGCUGCUCAUUUCUUGACGGAGAGCAAGAAACCUUUUUCAGAUGGUGAUGUUCUGAAAGGAGCGAUGACGGUGAUCGCAAAUACGUUGUUCAAGAUGAGAAUAAUGGGCCCGAAAUAAUCGCCGCUCUCACCGAUGUUCAAUUGGGGGCAAGUACAAUCGCCAGAAGAGUGUCAGCCAUGUCCGAGGACUUGACAGUGCAGCUGGAUCGAGAUCUGAGUACGUGCAGGCGGUUCAGCAACCAGUGCGACGAGUCAAUGGACACCAGCAGUAUGGCGCAGCUGAUAGUGUUAGUGUGAAUGGUGUUCGAUGAUUUCUCUACGAAAGAGGAACUCCUGACACUACUACCCCUGAAGACAACAACAAGGGGGGUUGAUAUCUAUGACUUGGUGAAGGGAUAUUUCGUGGAGAAAAAUUUGCUGUUGGAAAAGCUGGUGUCACUGACAACAGACAGUGCCCCUGCGAUGACGGGUGGUCACAGGCUUUGUUGCGCAAUGCAAAGGUGACCCAGAUUUCCCUAAAUUUCUACAUUACCACUGCAUCAUUAUUCAGCAGGCCUUAUGUGCCAAAGUGACGAGCUUUGAUCACGUAUUGACUCCAGUCGUGAAGAUCAUUAACAGCAUCCGGGCCAAAGCUUAACAACACAGGUCAUUUAAAGUUAUGUUGGAGGAGCUGUCAGCUGAAUACGGUGACCUGCUACUAGACACAGAAAUCUGGUAGCUCAGCAGGGGAAGGGUCUUGCAGUGUUUUUUUUUUUAUCACUUUUGGGUGAAAUCAAGGUGUUCAUGAAGUCCAGAGGGGAGGACGCCUCACUGCUUCAGGACACUGAAUGGGUAAUAGACCUAGCCUUUCUUAUGGACAUCACUGGGAAACAGAACCAUUUCAACUGUGAACUGCAAGGCAAAGGUAAGACUGUCUCUGACAUGAUCAGUGCUUUAAAUGCUUUUAAAGCCAAGAUGAACAUUUUCUCAGUGCAUUUACAGAAAAAAACAACUGCUGCACUUUCCCUCUGUGCAGUCAGUGCUGAUUGACUAUGCUUCUGCAUCUGGGGCUUUGGACAUGGCUACAGAAAAGUACUCUCAACUCAUAAACAGACUGUGACGAGUUUGAAAACAGGUUCAGGGACUUUGAUAAGCUGGAGCCAUGUGUGUCAUUCAUUUCAAAUCCUUUCAUGCAUGUGGACGUGACAUGUAUUGCUGAGCAACUAAGUGCAGCAUUCAACUUGGAUGCUGAUGAAGUGGAAAUCGAAAUCCUCAUGUUGCAAAGUGACAUUUACCUCAAAGCCCAGCAGGGUUCACCAAACUUUUGGUGCCUUGUGGACCCUGGAAAGUACAGAACUAUAUGCACAGCAGCUAUGAAAGUUUCCUGUCUUUUUGGUUCAACCUAUCUGUGUGAAUCUGCCUUUUUGGACAAGAACUUCCUUAAGAACACGCACAGGACACGUAUUGCUGAUACAAAUCUUGAAGACUCAAUCAGAGUUGCAGUGUCAAAUUAUGCCCCUGAUUACAGUGCACUUGUAAACAGUAUACAAUGUCAAGCUUCUCAUUAAAAAAAUCCCUCAGAUGUU